UUGAAGAAAAGCUCCCCUGCAAUCUGGCUGAAUCUAGAGUCAAUCUACUAAAUAAUGAAGCUGGCCAGACAGGAUAUACUUGUGUAGUAUUAAAGAUACAGUCCCAGUAGCACACCAAGUUACAGGUUCAUUGAUCGCCAUACACUAAGACACAAAUAUUAAUUAAUAAUGGCUGUCUUUUCAUUAACUGGUAGCCUUUGACCAUAUAGACAAGCUGCAUUAAUCCCUCUAAAUAUAGUAUGAUGUAAGUAAGCCAUGCGGUUUCACCAGGUGAUGUCUCUGGCUUACGACGUUGAGCCUAUAUAUAGCUAAUAAUGAUCUGCAGAGAUGCACGUGCACACGUGUAUGUACAUACACUUGUAUCAUGCACACGUGUAUGUACAUACAUUUAUUUUGUAUCAUGCAAUUAGCUAACAAGUGGUGACAAAGAAUGUUGUUACCCACAGCAGAGUCAUUAGGCAACACGUACAGCACAUCAGAAAGAAGACAAAGCAAUGGGACAUGAUGCAUGCACAAGGAAUGUCCUUUGGGGAGUUGCAGAAGAAAAUCUGUUCCCAGAGAUUAUUACCCUUCGAUUUACUUUACCUAGAUGUGCUCUGUUCUGUCUAGGACCUCACACUUUGCCACAUGUACUGCCGGUUACUCUAAGUUGGCGCAAUGAUCGAGAAAUAGUUAGCAUAACCUCAUCCAUAGAAGGGCGCAGGAAUGCGGAAUUGCGCAGACGCAAAUGAUGGUUGGUCAUGGAAAUCACAUUACUCAGCAUUGCUCCAGAGAGGAGAUGAAGUAUAAGUGUGGCUGUGGCCGUGUUUCAUCAUCACUUUAUAUCAGACUAAACCGCUCAUCAUCAGAAAGCUAAUGUGUCGGAGGAUGAGCAACGGCAACGCAAACAAUCGUAGAUCGUGGGCAGUAGACGAUGUCGACUACACGUGUCUUACUACCCUUCCCAUGCCGUCUAGGAUUUAUGUUCACGACAUGAGUGAGAUCGAUGGUUCUGGAGACGAAACAAGUGAAGCGAGCUCGGGAUCGAAGCGAGCAAAGCUGAGCAACACCAAACACAAGCGGACAUCACCAAUCAAAGCUUUCUUUGGAAGAUUCAAAAGUGAAGCACCGCCUACUAUUGCAGAAGAAACAGAGCAGGAAGACAGCAAUGCUCAAACAGACAAACAAGUACACAAGUCCGGCACUGUAGGUGGGAAAAAGAAGAUGAAACUGCUGAGUGAACUGCGAUUCAAACUGUCUUCUCGUGGAGGAAAGAAAUUCAUUAGGUCACGGAACUCGUCGAUGUCCUCACCGGUGAGAGCAUCAGAAGUUGAGCACAGAAGGAGUGAAAGCCAAGACUCCGGUUACAGUGAUACAACUCAUUUGUCAGACGUAGUGGAAGACACGGCAUUGUAUUUGGAUAAAAUGAUCUUUACUUCUCCAGAUGUAACGCCUACAAUAGAAAAUAGGGAUAGAUCAUGGACAUUGCCAGGUCGGAUGUUGAGUAGAACACCAAGUGAUGCGGGCAGCCGGUCAUUGGAUGGAAACUCAUCAUCUCUCAUGGCAGACAUGCUAAUGAGUGAAGUCGGUGAAAAAAUGAAAUACAAACACAUGCUUCAAGUCCUCACCACCACCACCACUACUCAAAACUAUUCCUCUUCCACAUCUUCAACGUCAACACACCAUGCUAACUUAGAAAUUGCACCAGUUGUAGAUAGGCCUCACUUCAGGGAGACAGAAAUUUCUGAGCCAAUGGAAAUUGAUGAUAAUGGUAUGAGGUCACUGGGUAUUGCUGACAGUCUACAUAAGAGUUCCUCAUCGGAUGUGUUGGAGGAUGUCAAUUUUGUUCUUGUGGCUAAUGAAUUUGUAAUGGACACGUCGACUCAUAGAGAAUUAAUAUCGGAGAUUGACGAGUUGAAAGACCGAUUACUAGCACUUCAAUCAUACCUUGCAGAUCCCAACUCUCAACUAUAGUAAAAGGACAGUUUGGUGUAUAUAGACUACUGCUGUCUUGUCUAUUUGCUAUAGAGAUAAUAGAUUGCUGCCAACCUAUUUUCAUUUUGAAUAAAUUUCAGUAAUUCUAGUGUAAAAUAGAUCAAUUUGAUGUCAAUAAAGCACAAAAACAGCAGGUUGUAAUCCAUAAAA